GACAACCAAAUAUCGAGGAAACUUCAACAGGAUCUUUGCAUUUCGAGAUAUCUCUAGUCAUUACUCGUGAAACAUGGCGGAAAACUCGACUAGGAGUCUCGAAGAAUUUUUUGAAAAUUACAACAAGAUGUUCGAAGUUACGUUCGCGAAUAGCGCGAUCACGAUCAUCGCUCCCGCCGAAAUGCUAUCGCAGUAUUCGCAAUUCUUCAGAAUCGCAAACAAUUUCGAAUUGCAACCUGAUGGAACGAAAAAGAUAUUGCUGGAGAAAGUAGCGCCAGAGACGUUUGCGAUGUUGCUAUCUUGGCUCUACAAAGGCGGACCUAGUCAAGGGAUCGAAUUUUGCCAGCCACCAAAUGGAUGCUGGGAUGAGGAAUUGAAGACUGAUAUUCAAAUUCAGAUAUGGAACAGACUUCUUGAUGGGUAUCUGCUAAUGGAAUUCUUGAAAUCGCCAGUGCUCGCCAACUCUAUCAUGGGAAGCAUACUCAAGCUAUUAGAACAACACGAAGAAUUUUCAAAGGCUUGUGAUGGGCUUCGUCCAGACUCUCUUUUCACAUUGGAAGAGCGAAUAAAAACGAUUAAUCGUGUAUGGAAUCAGACAUCCACAGACUCGCCACUGCGACGUAUAGUAAUUGACCAGAUUGCAUAUUCGGGAUAUAGCUACAAUACGGACCACAAGAACAUCUACUCUCAUUCGACGCCAGAUGAAGCAGACGCCGAGAUAAAAUUGAAGGUUCCUACAGAUUUCUUCUGGGAUUUAUUGGAAGAGCUUCAAAAUGCUACUCAGAUUGCUGCAAGAGAUGAUCUCGUACCCAUUGGGUACCCAUGGGAGCGGGGUAGGUGCUUUUAUCAUUCUCGUUGGUGCCAUAACGGUACUUUAACGGAUGGAAGAGUCAAACCCAUAUGUUAUAGUUCAGGAACAAAACCCCAACCCAAAGAUUGUUCAGGAAUAUGUAGGACUAGUUAGUUUGUUCAUGUUUAGGAAUUGGUAGGUUCUUGACGGACUUUAUUUGCUGGUUGUCUUUAAUUUAAAGUUUCAACCA